UCCAAAUUUCCAAUUUAAUUAUUUUCCUUCCAUCAUUAUGAUAUAUAUGGAUCCUCUCCUCCUCCCUUCUCCCCUCUCCCACUCAUAAUUAUACGGGUGGAGAGAUUUUGUGUUAGAUUUUAUUCCUGUGCCCUACACAUAUUUGAUAUAUUGGACACAUGCACUACAAUAUUCCAUAGCCACAUUUCAAUUUCCUUCCAUUUUAUUGACCAAUCAUGCACUCACUAGCUUCUACUUUUGCACACCCUUAUUUUAUACAUGAAAAUAUGCUCACCCAUUGGUUUUUUUUUUUUUUGUAUUUUUGGGUGUGAUUGGAAUAUUUCACAAAAUAAACAAUUUUGAACUUAACCUGACUUUGUGACAACGGAACCAACCACCAGAAAGGAUUAAGGUUGCAAAUGCCAAUGCUUCAAUUGUGAUACACUAGAGUUGUAAUUCACAAGUUAUUCCCGAAGCUCUCCAAAUCUGGGGAAAACCCAAAGUUGUUUGUAUUCCUAGGAAACCUCCACCCUUAGUUUAUAAAUAUUUAGCUAUAUGAUAAAGCUUACAUUUUGGUGUUGGUAAAUAGUGAUUAUAUAUAUAAUAGGGAAGCAACGAAAUCUUUUCAACUAGUAUAGCUGGGAGGUUGGGUCGAUGUGUUUCCAUAUCAUGUCUUCAUGGUAUACAUCGUCAGAUUCCUCAUCUUCAAAUCCGUCUCUCAAGUCCAAUAUCCAAAUGACUUUCUAUGUAAGGUCACUAUAUCUUUUGCUCUCUAAAUGAAUUAUAUAGAGCCAAAAUUCAACCAUAAUAUGGACUUUAAGAUCUAAGGUUGGAAAAGUGGGGAAGAUCCUCCAUGGCCCAUAAUCCAAAUUGAUGUUCUAUGAUCAAUCCACUCAGAAGUAACAGCUAGCAACGUAGGACAGUUGCAAGGAGGAUGUGACUGAUCGUAUCUAAAGUCAUUUUUCAAGUUGCCAAAAUGUAUUAAUUCUUACCGAAAAUGGGCUGAUGAGUGUUAGCUAGCAUUGGUAUCCACUAAUUAAUCGAUUAUAUAUAAUCAUCAUCAAGACUUUUGCAGCACUUGGCUAACAAAUUAAAAUACUGAUGUAUUAGGCUGGCUGUGGCCCUAGCUAGCCAGCUAGCUAAUUUGAUGUGUUCUCCUCUUGUUAGUGAUUUAAACCUAUCCUUUUUAGACAACUAAGCACGAUGAUUGAUGGCGAUGGGGAAGUUUGGUCAAAUGUAGGAGAGAAAGACAGCCGAUCCAGAAGCAAUAAUUAAGCAAAUGCAUAGGUAACGCUUAUAGUUAAACUGUUUAGAAACUAUCUAGAUUCAAUAAGAAAGUCUAGUGGAUCGAUGAUGACCUUGAUGGAUCUCAAAGAGCACGAGCUUACGUUGAUUUUGAUUAUGAAGCCCGUGUGUUGACACCGGUCGUUCUAAUAAUGGCUGAUGUGUGUGUGUUUGGUGAUGCAUUUGUUACUUAUUAGUGACUUCAGAACCAAGAAAAGGUACCAAGUCUCUAUAAUUAAGGUUGAGUAUCGAUCGAUGUCGAAUGUCGGGUCUUAACAUGUUUGCCUCUGGCACUUGUUGGCAGACUUGGGCAUCACACAUGAGCUUCUCCGAUGGCUCUAUGUGUUGACUAAUAGUAGAACCAUUCAAAUUGCUAUUUAUUUAGCUUUUUCAUGACCGCAUAUAUGUGUUGAUUAUCAGUAGUAUCAUCCAGAUUGCUAUUUAUCUAGUUCUUCAUGACUGCAUUAAACAUAUUUCAUAAUCCAUGUAUAUCGUCGUAUAAGAAAAGGAAAAAGGUAUUACCCAUAUAAACCGAGAAAGAUUUCUUUAUACAAGAAAGACAUCCAACAACGUAACGUUGCAAUGUUUGUUAGUUCCCCUUUCUUUAAGGAACAAGUUAAGAGUGGAAUCUCUGCGUGGUCCUUUUGCACAAGUAUAGGGUGUAAAGCGGAAAAAAAAGACCGACCAAAAAGAAACUUUUGCACAAGUAAAAUGUUAUUGGGGAAGCACCUAACCACAAUGUAAAAUUAAAACCACUUAAUUAAGUCUUCAUAAGCUUCUCACCGAAAAAAAAAAGUCUUCAUAAGCUAAUGAUGAUAAAAAUCCUAGCCAGCCAGAUAUGGUCAUCCAUCCCUUUUCCUCUAGUUGGAACUAGCAUUGGCUCCGGCCCGUUGGCCGGUCGAGUUUUGAUGAUAGACCAAAAAAGGUACAAAAUCGAGCUAAACAGGCCAAGCCUAUUGGCUACUACUGCAUUGGAAACCGUAUAUAGUAUUAAACAUUUUUUUACAAUUAUAUGGAACUAAUUAAACUAAGAUGUGGUCAUACUCUUUUGCUUUUGUAUGGGUACAUGACUAAACUAAUAAACUAAAGCGGUGUUGUCAGUCGUUCUCACACUGAAUAACUAUUGUGCGAAACUUUUUGCUUUGGUAUGAAACUAAACACCAAUAAAUUACAUGAAAGUAAGCAAUUGGUGUCAUUCUUUUUUUUUUUAAAUAGACUGAAUAAACACAAAUACAUGUCAUUUACAACAUAAAAUUCCAAUUGUACCUGGAGAACGAUAAUGCAAAACAUAUAAUUUGAAGUUGUUUACAACCUAAAUGAAAAGCAAACAACUUACUAACAUCCCAUAGAUGAGAAGCACAAUACUAAAACAAUAUAUUUUUUUUAUAAUGAUGAUAUAUACUUUUUAUUAAUUACAGAAAAAAGAAAAGAAAUGCGAUACAACAAUCCAAAAUGAAAUCGGAGAAAAGCAAAGCUUCCGGAUCGAAACCGGAAAGACAAAAACAAAGAAAACCGAAUACUAAAACAAUAUUUAUAAGCUAGACCUUCUCUAAACAAUAAUCACACAACAUUAAUGUCAGAGAUGCAUAAUUUUGUUUUUGCUUCUUUAAGGUACUUACUCGAAGAUGUUCAAGACUUGGGUUUACAAUCGAAUAUGAUUCCUCUCGCACGCCGUUGUCAUGAGAAGUCUGGAAAGCUACUCUGAGAUAAAAGCUGACUUGUUAGAGAAUUGACUUGUUGAAUAUGAUAUAUUUGAUGGCUCAUUUAUCUGUUGCAAAGGGAUUAACUGCUUGACUUCUAAAGAUAUUACAACACCAGAGGCUUGCAUAUUGCUCCUGGUUCUUACAGAAAAGAUCAAAAGACCACACUUUGAGAUAGUAAAUAAAAAUUUAAAAUCCCAAUUUAAGGAGAAAGACAAAGUAACUAUGGAGGAAGGUUUUAGAAAACUCUUUUUUAAAAUAAAGCAUUAUGAAGUUUAAGAUAUACAUUAUUAUUCAGACAACUCAUCACAUAAGUCACAUAAAUUUGCAGCAAAAGAUUUCAUCCCUAAUGUGCAUCAUCAAUCGGAAACUACUUAAACCAUGUGUAUGUCAGCAAGGCUCUAAUAAGAACCAACUAUUACAAAAUUCCAGCAAAGAAUUUUAAUAAUCAGAUUGUGACAACGAUUAUUAUUGACAUAAGCAAACUGGAAGAAGGAAAUAAGAGAAAAAGUAAGAAGCUCAUGGAAAGGGAAUUAAAAGUCUCGAACAGAUAAAUGCUUGCGUUAUCUUGGGCAUCACAAUUUGACAACAUUUGUAAUAUAUACUUGCAAAUGACAAAUGAUCACGCAGUACUACAGUGGAAUUUAAAAUGCAUUUUAAUGAUAAAAAGCUACAAUAUGAUGAAUGUUAUAUCACCACAACAAUUGAAUUAAUUGAAUACCUCAUCAGGACUAAUACAAUCAACCAUAAAAUAGACUGGAAAGUUAGUGAAAGGAAACAACAUUCUAAUUCUUUAGCUAAUGAAACGAUUUCCUUUUGCAAGAAGCUUGAUUCUUCAAAAUCAAUGGCAAGACCAACUGCAGCAGAUAAAGAUGGUAUGCCAAAGAAGCAAAAACAGUGUAAUAGGAAAUACGCACUGUGUCUGAAGCUGUGUGUACCUUGUUUUCUUAUAUGAAUUUCAAUCAUCGUGUUUGAAUUUUUUUGUUUCAAAUGCUCAGAGGCAUAAAUAUAUAUAUAUAUAUAUAUAUAUAUAUAUAUAUAUAUAUGAAAAUGAUUUUGAAUUAUGAUAUAUGGUAUAGGGGACCUUGGUAUUGAUAGUGUAGUUCCAUUUAUAUUGUUGAAUUCGUGAUGCUAGAUAUAUUGGCAGAGAACAUGUGACUUAAUGAUACAAAUUUAUUCAUGCCAUAUGUAACUUCACAUAUAUUCUUCUCAGUUUACUAAUCGAAAGGUAAAAAGUGCUUCUCGAAAGGUAAAAAGUACUUCACAAUUUUGGUAACAGUUGAACCCAAAAUCUUAGCUGGGUUAGGGAAGCCUUUAUUAAACUACUUAGGGCUAAUACCACUACAACACCCGAACUAUGCGGAAAAUGCCACUUGUGUCCUAUUGUUUCCAAUAUUCCAGAUGUGACCUGAACUAUGAUACUUUGUUCCAUUUGUAUCCUGACAAUUUCGUUGACCGUUAAAGAUAACAGUUGACCAAACGAUUUUCAAAACGACGUCAGAUUGUGGUCGACGUGGCAGACAAAUUGAUGCCACGUCAUUGCCACAUCAUAUUUAAUAAACAAUUAAUUUAUAAAUAAAUUAAAAAAAAUAAUCAAUACAACCCGAACCAUGCCCCACUCAUUCACCAUCAAAGAACCAUCUCUAACCAAUAGAAUUAAACCAAUCCACAACACCACCAUGGAAACAAGUUCUUUCCAGCAACCUAAUAAUGCAGAGGAAAAGAAACGAAACCCGUCAAUUCAUCGCCAAAAGAAUUCAAUCUUGAACAAACCUGCCUUUGGGUCGAGUCUUCUCGAGUCUUCCGCUUACUCGAUCUUCUCAUUGCUUCUUCUACUUCCUCCUCCUUGUCUUCCUCCACUUCAUCGCCCUCGUUCCCCUCCGAUUUCCAUCAUCUGCGGCGCUCCCUUCUCCUUUGUCUUCAUUGCCGCUUGCGACAUCGACUGCCUGCUCCUCGAACUGCGAUUCCAGGAACAGGUCGACCUGCUCCCUGACGAAACCCUUCUUAUCGGACAAAUCCACCCCGAAAUCUUCCUCCAGCUUCCGCCGGACGAUUGUGGUGGUGAAUCUAGGGUCGGCGCAAUCAUUGACCUAUUCCUCUGUUGCCGCCGGCAGGAACAGAUCUGCCAUCAUCGGUACUCUGAAUCAUCAUUACAGAUUGGGGGUGGGUGGGGAUUUUCAAGAACCCAAAAUCCUACUACCCUAAUCGAUGAACAAGAACCCUCCUCCUUCGAUCUCUUCUUUCCCUGGAAAAAAAAUAAAAAAACCAGACAUAUCUGAAAUAGUUUUUUUCCGAGCAUCCUCGUGAACAGCGGCGACCUCGCUUUUAUCCUCGUCAACUUCGGUGUCUUCGAAUCACCAACGUCUUCGCAAGAUCCCCGACCUCGAUCUGGUGGAUUUCCUCCCGCACAAGCGCCUGCUGCUAUCCUCUCUUAUGGCGAUCCGAAAAGAUUUGGUCGGAGAAACAGAAAGAAGAAGAAGCCAGACGUUGGUAAAAAAUCAUUUGAGUUAUUGUUUUAUUUUUGUAAUUUUCCAUAAAUUUUUUUCUUAUUUUAAUUAUUUUAUAUGAAAAAAUAAAUGAAAAUUGAUGAUAAAAAUUCCACGUCAGAUGCCACGUCAACGAUGACUGGAUUUUCUGUCAAAUACUAACGGUCAACACUAACAGAAUAAUAGUUCAGGACACAGAUGGAAUAUUGGAAAUAAUAGGACACAAGUGGCAUUUUCCGCAUAGUUCGGGUGUUGUAGUGGUAUUAGCCCAACUACUUAAAACAAAAGGCAUAAGUCCAAAUAUCAUUCGAAAAUCAUUGUUCUAUUUCAAAAGGAUGAUGAAUGAAUAAAGUAUAUUUGGGGGUUGGAUGAUCAUUUAAUUCAUCGGAGAUGAUCAUCAUCAUCGGUAGUCUCCUUUGAGUGCCAAAUGAAUAAGGGGAGAAAGAAUAAUUGUAACUCAAACUUAAACGUUCUUAAACCCAACACCAAGAUGCUGGUGUAGAAAAAUCAAGACUUGAAAUUGAAAUACAACUGACCUUACUAAAUCACACAACGUAUGAUCGUUAGAAAGCUCGAGAAGGAGAAAACCAAUUGAGCUCACUGGCAACUUUGACUGUUGAGUAUAAUUGAAGGAAGGGAGAAAGAAGUGGUCAGAGGGAAAGGGAAGGGCAAGCGGUGGUGGAGGGGAUUUCCCAUAUGUGGAAUACUAUCGAUUGAGGUUGCAGCGGCAGGAAAGGAUGGAUGGAACGAAGGAAGACGGAAGCGGCGGGGCGGAGAAAGGGAAUGCAACGACGGCGGAGGAAGAUUUUGGGGAGCAGCUGUGUUUUUCAAGAGCGGGUUGAGGUACAGAGCGAAAGAGAGAGGAGGGUUACGAAAUGACGAAUUGGUCCCUCCGCACUGUGCGGAUUAAUCAGGAUGGACUGACGUAGCAAUAUCAAUAUAUUGACAUUGCCUUAUAGUAUUUUGUAGAUCUUACUUGUCUUUGUUUAUAUGCAGGGUCAUCCAAUCGAUAUCGGAGGCCCUGUUUCAUAAAUAAGAUCCUGAAUCUUUUUUUGAAUAUUGAAUAAAAUUAAUUUUUAAUU